GCCUUACGUGGCCUCCUUGUGUGUCCAAGGCAGCCUCUGCUUUGCAGGCUUGGAGGAAGAUGCCGAGGAAGCAGCCCGGUAUGAAGAGCGGGGCCUGGUCUUGCGCUUUGACGACGUUCCAUCGUCGGUGUCGUGGAGAGACUUAAAGGAAGGGCUCUCGCCGUAUGGCAGGGUGAGAUUCGUGCGCUUCUGCAAAGAGGAGGAGAAGCGCUUCGCGCUGGUGCAGAUGAAGGACGAGGAGGGCAUCUUCGCCAUCCUUGGCUGCGCCAAGGAGGAAUUCUUCCUGUUCUCCCGGUGUGCUAGUUGUCUACAGGACGAGGGCUUCCUUUGCGUGCAGUGCGGGUUCCGCCGACUGCGAAAUGCUGCGAUGGACCGCCGCUCCGCCUCGGAGGAGGCGAGUUGCCUCGAGCACAAGGAGGUGAGCUUCUACUUGACGAUCUCGGGUACCGUCAGCCUUUUCGUCUCUCCAAGCUGGAACUCUUCCAGUCGUGGAAGCAACACGGCCGGUUCUGCUUCACUGACGCGGGCAGGUUACAGGGGCGUCUCCAGAAAGGCUUUUGAAGGCAUGUUUGUUGCGAAGAAGCCAGAGAAGACGUCAGAACCACAGGCCCCGAAGGCAGAGGCAGGCUCGCCAUCUUCAGCCAAAACGGGUUUUCCAUCUCAGCAAGCUCCGCCACACCACACAUCGCAACAGCGACCAGCUGCCAGCCGCACCAGCCCACAGGACGAGGCAAACGGCAUUUCCAGUUUUGCCGCGCUGAUGCAGAAAAAGCCGCCAGGAUUGCAGGCCCCGCCAUCGGAACAAGGGCUUCCCGCUCGAUCUGCUUCCCCCUCACAGACGCGACCUGCUCCCCCGGCCUCUGCACAGCAGAGAGCCCCUAACGGCUCCGGCUCCCCCUCCCAGACGAGGCCAACCUCAUCUGGGUUUCCGUCAGCAAUGCCGAGCUCGUCAGGGUUUCCUUCACCCCAGGGCACGUCGUCGGGUUUUCCCAGACAACCAGCUGCAGAGGCCCAGGUGCCGACUGGAUUUGGGUCCCCACCCAAGCCAGCGGAUACCCAGCCGCCUAGCUUCCAACCGCAACCCCAGCCCACUGCCACUCCGCCAGUCACAGAGCAUGCGGCCAAGAGCUCAGCGCCCCCGCCACCUCCCAAACCUCCCAGCCCGAGCCCACCACCACCACAAGCCAAGCAGGCCAAAGCGCCGACAUCGUCACCUGGUGUUUCGGACACAUCUGGUGCAUCGUCGCAGCAGACUGCAGGUGUUCCUGUCAACGGAGCAACAAAGCCAGACGACUCCAGCUUCUACGCAAUUCUUGGAGUGGCCGAAGGCGCAGCUCUGUCAGAGAUAAGGGCUGCAUACCGUCAGCAAGCUCGCAAAUCGCAUCCAGACCUCUUCCGCACGGCGUCGCCCGAGGAGCAGGAGGCCGUCGCAGAGCGCUUCUCGCAGGUCAACAAGGCCUUUGACGUUCUGAGUGAUCCCGCCAAAAAGCAAGCUUAUGAUUUGCGAGGUUUGGCUGGCCUCGCGGAGUUUGAGUUCGACGGUGAGCGAAUUAUCAUGCCGCCACCAUGGCGAGUCCGUAUAGGCCACACCGGGCAUCAUUUCUGGAAGAGGAAGGAAUACUUCGUUGGGUUGAUGAUGGAGACAAUAGACAUCCCGGUUUCGGUGAUCGUGAAAGCUUACGACGAGGCCACGAAAGAUCCUCCAGGAGUUGGCCAGGCCAUCCUCGUGGAGAGGUGUACAGAGGCCCGCGCGCUUGACGUCACAGAGGAGCUGGAAGAGUACGGGAUCAUGUGCUUGGCAGAGGAGGUUCCGGAUGAAGAGCUGCUGGACCCGGCAAUGCAUUGUUUGAAGAGCAAAGCAGAUGUCACCAGCAUCGCUUGGUCGGUGCUGGCCGAGUGGUCAGGCUCCCGAGGGGCGCAAGCGGAGGUCACCGAAACGCCCCAGGCGGCCGACGAGGCAGCUCCAAAGAGUGCGGAAAGGAAGAGAGGAAUGGUGGAGAAGGCGGAGGACGAGGACAAGCCGUUGGCCGAAUCCGUGGCUGCUCCGGAGGCCAAAGAGGAAGACGAGGAGGGGCGCGAACGGAAGAGACGAAGGGUGGAGCAGGGGGAGGACGAAUCCGUGGCUGCACCGGAGGCCACAGAGGAAGACGAGGACCUUCCCUUGGAGGAGUUGGCGAAGAGUGAAGGCAGCGGCGAGGCCGAGACCAAGGACGCCGAGGCCGAGUCGGUCGAGCCCGUUGCGGAGCAGGCGGGUAGCAUGGAAGUGGACACGGCAGCAGCCGAGGCGGGCAUCACUCGUGUCCUUGCAGGAGUUGGGCAAGGCAUGCUCGACUUGAUCACCCUUGUCUCGGCAGUUGGCCUGCAGAAGGAGCUGACAAACACAAAGCACAGCGAGCCGAUCAUCCGUGAGGAUAACACCGACUUCGUGGCCUCUGCUGCGGAGUCGCUGUCUGUGGCCUUUGACCGCUUCGAGGGCGUUCUUGCACAGGGCGUGGCUCUUGUCCUCCCUGCGGAUAAGCCCGCAACGCCACCAAAGAAGGCGCAGUUGUGUGUCAUCUUCGUAAGUUGGGCAGAUGUGUGUUGUGCUUUGCUUCUUUUUGUCUGA